AUGUUAUUAACAAUUUUCAGGAUUUUAAAUUUAGUUUUACUUGGUAAUGGAUUAUAUAAAUCAUUAUCAACAAAGUUACCACCUCAUUUAGUUAAAUCAGGACAUUUUCAAUUUCUUACAAAUUGUUCAUUAUUAACUACAUUGAUUUAUUUAUUUUUCGCUACAUUCGGAUUUCAACCAAAUUGGCUUUAUAAUUUAUCAAGUAAUUUAGAAUUUAAUGUAAUAUUUUCAUAUUGGACAAUGGCUCUUGUGUUUCCAAAAAUGGUUGCAGAAGGAGAAGUUGAUCGUGAUUUAUUUAUGGAUUUACAAGUUCAUGCAUUUCCUUAUUUAUAUUUAAUUAUUGAUAGUCAACCAAGUUUGUCAAUUAUGAAAUCUUGGGUUUUAACUUGUUUAUAUGUUUUCAUUUAUUGGGUUUAUUUUGAGUCGGAAUGUGGUAAGCAUGUGCCUGAUGGAGUAAGUGGAUAUCCUUAUCCAUUUUUGAAAGGGAAGGGUAUGGUUGAAAGGUUUGGAUGUAUGGCUAUAUUCGCAUUCAUUGCAUGUAUGAAUUGGUUUGUUUUAAACCUUAGAAAUCAAUUGUUUUGA